AUGUACGUCAUAAAAAGAGACGGUCGUAAAGAACCAGUCAAGUUCGAUAAGAUUACUGCACGUAUCUCCCGUUUAUGUUACGGUUUAGAUCCAAAUCGUAUCGAUGCCGUUAAAGUUACUCAACGUAUUAUUUCAGGGGUUUACGAAGGUGUCACCACCAGUGAACUAGAUAACUUAGCCGCUGAAACAUGUGCAUACAUGACCACCGUGCAUCCAGAUUACGCUGUCUUGGCAGCAAGAUUAGCCAUUUCUAACUUGCACAAGCAAACUACCAAGCAGUUCUCCACUGUUAUUCAACAACUACAUGAUUAUAUUAACCCAGCUACUGGUAAGCAUGCUCCAUUAAUCUCUGACGAUGUUUAUGACAUUGUUAUGGAAAAUAAGGACGAAAUUAAUUCUGCUAUUGUCUACGAUAGAGAUUUCCAAUUUAACUAUUUUGGUUUCAAGACUUUAGAACGUUCUUACUUGCUAAGACUUAAUGGUAAAGUUGCUGAACGUCCACAACAUCUAAUAAUGAGAGUCUCUCUAGGUAUUCACGGUAGAGAUCUUAAAGCCGCUAUGGAAACUUAUAAUCUAAUGUCUUUGAGAUAUUUCAUUCAUGCUUCUCCAACUCUAUUUAACGCUGGUACUCCAAAGCCUCAAAUGUCUUCUUGUUUCUUAGUUGCCAUGAAGGAUGACUCCAUUGAAGGUAUUUACGACACUUUGAAAGAAUGUGCCUUAAUCUCAAAGACUGCUGGUGGUAUUGGUUUACAUAUCCAUAACGUCCGUUCUACCGGUUCUUAUAUCGCUGGUACUAAUGGUACAUCUAAUGGUUUAAUUCCAAUGGUCCGUGUCUUCAACAACACCGCUCGUUAUGUCGAUCAAGGUGGUAAUAAGAGACCUGGUGCCUUUGCUCUAUAUCUAGAACCAUGGCAUGCGGAUAUCUUCGAUUUCAUUGAAAUUAGAAAGAAUCAUGGUAAGGAAGAAAUUCGUGCAAGAGAUUUAUUCCCAGCUUUAUGGGUCCCAGAUUUGUUCAUGAAGCGUGUUCAAGAAAAUGGUCAAUGGACUUUAUUCUCUCCAAGUUCUGCUCCUGGUUUAUCCGAUUGUUAUGGUGAAGAAUUCGAAGCUUUGUACACACGUUACGAAAGAGAAGGUCGUGGUAAGACUAUUAAGGCUCAAAAAUUAUGGUACUCCAUCUUGGAAGCUCAAACUGAAACCGGUACUCCAUUUAUUAUUUACAAGGAUGCUUGUAACGAAAAGAGUAACCAAAAGAAUUUGGGUGUUAUUAAAUCUUCCAACUUGUGUUGUGAAAUUGUUGAAUACUCUGCUCCAGACGAAACUGCUGUUUGUAACUUAGCCUCUGUUGCUUUACCAGCCUUUAUUGAAACAUCUGAAGAUGGGAAGACUUCCACUUAUAACUUCAAGAAGUUACAUGAAAUUGCUAAAGUUAUAACACGUAAUUUGAAUAAGGUUAUUGACCGUAAUUAUUAUCCAGUUCCAGAAGCUAGAAACUCUAAUAUGAGACAUAGACCAAUUGCUCUUGGUGUUCAAGGUUUGGCUGAUACUUACAUGUUGUUGCGUUUGCCUUUCGAAUCUGAAGAAGCUAAGCUAUUGAAUAUUCAAAUCUUUGAAACUAUCUAUCACGCCUCUUUGGAAGCUUCUUGUGAAUUAGCUCAAAAGGACGGUCCAUACCAAAGUUUCGAAGGUUCUCCAUCCUCCAAGGGUAUCUUGCAAAUGGAUAUGUGGGAUAAGAAGCCAUAUGGUAUGUGGGAUUGGGAUACUUUGAGAAAGGAUAUCAUGAAGUAUGGUACCAGAAACUCUUUGACUAUGGCUCCAAUGCCAACUGCUUCCACCUCUCAAAUUUUGGGUUACAAUGAAUGUUUCGAACCUGUUACCUCUAACAUGUACUCUCGUCGUGUCUUGUCUGGUGAAUUCCAAGUUGUUAACCCAUACUUGUUACGUGAUUUGGUUGAUUUGGGUAUUUGGGAUGAAGGUAUGAAACAACAUAUUAUUACUGAGAAUGGUUCCAUUCAAAACUUACCAAAUGUUCCAGAUGAAUUGAAGGCCCUUUAUAAGACUAUUUGGGAAAUUUCUCAAAAGACAAUCAUUGAUAUGGCUGCUGAUCGUUCCAUCUACAUUGAUCAAUCUCAUUCUUUGAAUUUAUUCUUACGUGCUCCAACAAUGGGUAAAUUGACAAGUAUGCAUUUCUAUGGUUGGAAGAAGGGUUUGAAGACUGGUAUGUAUUAUUUGAGAACUCAAGCUGCUUCUGCCGCCAUUCAAUUCACCAUUGAUCAAAAGAUUGCUGACCAAGCUGCUGCCAAUAUUGCUGACUUAUCAAAUUUGAAACGUCCAACAUACGUUGCCUCAGGUCCAAGCUUUACUCCAUCUGAUUUCAAACCAGAAGAUCUUAAGGACAUUGCUUAUACUCCAACUGCUGCUACUCCUUUUGAAGCCUCCAUUCCAGAAAAGGAACAAAAAGAAGAAGAAGCCACUAAAGCUCCUGAAGUUUCUAAGACUAGAAGUAACUCUCCAACUCCAUCCAAUGAUUCUUCAUUAGCAAACAGUGUUGGCUCUUUGUCUUUGCAAGAGACUCAACCUGUAACACCUGUGGUUGCUAUUCAAGAAAGCAUACAAGUUGAAAAGGAAGUUAUCAUAGAUGAUGAAGAAACCGAAUUCGAUAUUUACAACUCUAAGGUCGUUGCCUGUGCCAUUGACAAUCCAGAAGCUUGUGAAAUGUGUUCUGGUUAA